ACGUUGCCUAACUGCUAUCUAUAGCCUCUGCUAUUCUCGUAGCUGUGAAGUGCGAUACAAACAGUGGAUACUCUGUCAACUGCAUCUGCUCUGCGCAGAGGAGAGGAAAGGGGGGAUUCGGUCUAGCUGCUACUGUACCUAAAGGAAAUAUCAUGGAUAAAAUGCCAUGCUAGGACAUGAGAUAUUUUGAUCUGACUCAGCCCUUCGUCCCUCUUGACAAAUGCAAAUUUGCUGUUUGAACACUUCGAUUGAGGUGAUGGAGUCAAACAGCUGCCCGGGCUCAGGGACCGACAGUGACGAGCCUGCCCUCUGCAAGCCUUUGGACACAGGGAUGGACAGCCUGAAAGUGAGAGUUGACGGGAGCGUUUUUGUGGUGAACAAAGCCCUACUCGAGCAGCACUGUGAGUACUUUCGAGCCCUCUUCCAGUCGGGAAUGCGGGAAUGCCAACAGGAUGAGGUCCACCUGCAAGGGCUGAGUGCCCGGGGAUUUGUGUUGGCGCUCCGGGUCCUGGACGGGGAUCGCCCCAUCCUGGGUGGUGACGAGAUCGUGGAAGCCAUCGAGUGCUCCGCCUUUCUACAGAUGGAGUCCGUGACAAAGCACCUGAUCAAUAUCAUCAACUCAGAGAAUUGCUUGUUGAUGUACCACACGGCCGCGACCUACGGUUUGUUGGAUCUGGCCCAUCAAGCUGCUUUAUUCAUUAAAGACAUGUACUCAGACCUGAAGGAAGAUGUUGUGAGCACCUUAUCAGAAGACCUAGUGGAGUACGUUGAGUCUCUCAUCCCCAGUCGGUACGUCACAGUCUGCAGCCACUCUCCUACCGUCGAGCAGCUCCAGGACUGUCAGAGGACGGUCUGCUACCUGGAUGACGAAGAUAGAGAGUGGAAGGUGCUGAGUCACCUACCCUUAAACACAAGCACCACGAUGGCAGGUGUGACCGUGCUAGACAACAAGCUGUACAUUAUAGGAGGCGUCCAUGACGUCAGCAAGAAAGUCGUGGACUCUGGCUUCUGCUAUGACCCAGAGAGUGACUCCUGGUCCACUAUUUUGAGUCCCCAGCAGCUACGCUACAACUUUACGUUAGUGGGCCACGAAGGCUGCCUCUACGCCAUCGGUGGGGAGUUCGACAGGAAGUCCAUGGCAUUGGUGGAGAAGUACAGCGUCUCCGCAGCCACCUGGCGCUUCGCCGCUAAUCUCCCCUGCCGAGCCGCCAACGUGGCCUCCACCAAAGCCAUGAGCCGCAUCUUCAUCUGCCUCUGGAAGCCCAAGGGCGCUACGGAGAUCCACGAGUACGUUCCUGAGAGGGACCAAUGGGUCCUGGUCACCACGCUGGUCCGUGACCAGAGCUAUGGCCACUGCAUGCUGGGCCACAGGGACAAUCUGUAUGUAAUGCGCAACGGGCCCUGCGAAGACUUCCUGAUGUGCGUGAUGGACUGCUAUAACCUGACUAUGGGUCAGUGGACGGCCUUGCCAGGGCAAUACGCAAACAGUAAAGGAGCCCUGUUCACCUCGGUAGUAAGAGGGGACUCAGUGUUCACCCUCAACCGCAUGAGGACGACGGAGUUUGCUGUGGAGGACUACAGAUGGAAAACUAAGAGGGAGACGAAAGGCUUCGGGCGAAUCGGCUCCAUGUACACGUUUCUCAUGAGACUGCCCAAGGCCAAGACUGUGGGAAACACUGAGGUGUUGACGGACGGGCUGGAGUUUGGGAAUCGGAUUGACCACAGACGCAGAGACUCUCUGCUGCAAUGCUUCGACUGACUUCCUGUGAAUAAGUUUGGUCUUUUAAUAUCUCCUGACAAACCAACAACUUUUUGUGUGCAGUUGUUUCACUCUCAGAGACAGGACAAUUAACUAGAACGCUUUGACUGACUUCCUGUGAAUUGGUUUAGUCUGUUACUUCGGCCACUUUCAGUAGGCAAACGUUGUGGAAGAUUGCAGAAAGAAAUGUCUUGAAUACAGCUGACAUGAUUCCUUUUUCUACAUGUCAGAGAGGCAUGUUUGCUCUUCAUAACAUAUUUAUAUCUGAAUAUUACAUAGCAUUGUACCAUUCUGAAUGGUCUAAAUAUGUAAAUGUCAGAGACAACUGUAAUUUGUAAAACAUUCAAGUUUGCUGCAUUCAUAACAAAUCAAAAACUCGGAACCUCUGAGUUAAAAUGUACUUAAGUUAUUUGCGUAGAGCUUCCUAUUGGUUGAUUCAGAUACUUUCCAAGUGGUAAACUCUGGUAUUGUCUUUCUACAACGAGUUUCUAAGUCAGAAAUAUCAGUUUCCUAGUUUCGGCAUGUCAUGAAUGCAGCAUAUCUUCCAAGAACAAUUAAAUAGCAUUUAAGAAACUAUAAUAAUAUUGACUUCCAUAGUUCUUGGUUAAUGUUGCCUCAAGUAACCUUCUGGGUAAUUUGACUCGGUAUCCAAGUGUAGUGUACUAUAAAGUUUACUAUAAUUAAGUGAUUCAUUACAUUGAGUGGAUACAGCCAUAUCAGAGAGCUCUUUCCAUGGAAACCAAACACAUGUUCAGUAAUGUACGUAAAGACUGAAAUACUUUUCCUGUUUUUACAACAAACAAACCAUUUAUAACCCAGGCUCAGGUCCCCAAGGCAUUCAUGGCUAGAGAACAGGGUAAGAUAAGGCUGGCAGUGUUCACGCUGUACAAUAUAACAUUUCGGUAACGAGUGCAUGUUUGCUGCCAUCUCAGGACAGGUAUCCGUUGAAGGAGAGAUUUGUCUUCUCCAUGGGAUUGCCUGUGUAAAUACAGGAUUGGAGAAUUCAAAUUAAUAGAUUGUCUUUGGCAGAAGAGAUAUGAAAUAAUCGUCUUUGUAAUUACCCAAUAAAACACUCUUCAAAUAAUGUGUUAAUGGAUGAGGAAUGUUGCUAAUGAUGUGCAGAUUUUUUCCACUUAUCAAAUUAUAUAAACAUUAAUU